AUGGGUAAAUCCGUCACACGACCAAGUGACGAAUAUUAAUGUAAUAAUUUUGUGGUUACAACUGAAUCAAUAAUGUUAUCACGAAUUAAGGCUUCAGUAUGAGUAUAAAUAAUGUAAUUCAUAUCCAACCUCGUUAGUACAGCUCCAGACUUACAACAAACUCAAAUUGUUCCUAUUAAUUUAACGGACUAAAUAACCGAUGCAAAAUGAACAAUUACAUACAAGUUAUAGUUCUGUUAGUGCUAGGCUCCGUUGCUAUAGAGUGUGUUACACCACGCAACAAGUUUGAAGAAGGGCUACUAAGAUUAAUAGAGAAAUGUCGAAACGGCGACGUCCAGUCGCUGCCAGUUGCAUUUCCUUCGCUCAAGCCCCUAAGGAUUCCUCCUAUGAAGUUUGAUUAUGACGGAUAUAAAAUUUCGCUCAGUGAAAUAAAGGUCAAAGGGUUGGAAGAUUUAUCAGUUGAAAAGCUAUCUGCAUCUCCGGAAGAUAUGACGGUUACGAUGGAAAUAUUCAUACCCACUCUGGCUAUCCGCGCAGACCGGUACCAUCUGCAGGGUACAGUAAUGUACAUUUUCUCGAUAGACGACAAGGGUGUACUCAAGUCCAACAUCAAUAGUCUACGAGCCCGAGCUAACAUAAGGUUUGGGGCUAGAAGAAAUGACACGGUUGUCACUCACCUCAAGCUCGACUAUUCAGUCGAUGACAUUCAGAUACAACUUGGUGGCAGCAGUGACACCGUGAACAGCAUUGCAAACAACAUGAUAUCGGAUCUUAUAAACAGCAGCGAAAUGAAAAGCCGGCUUCAUCAUUUAAUCAAAACCCAGGCGAAUGAAUAUCUCCGAGAGCAUACACCUGAAGAAUUCGUUGAAAUAGUUUCUAGCAUAUGAAUUACUACUUUAUUAUUUUAAAGCAUUUAGUAGCUAGCCAAUACGGCUCGGUCGACACGCUGUAUAUUUCGUAUAUGCGACUCUAAAGUACCAGCGCCCACACCGUUAACUGACAGUUCGUAAACCUUAUUACAUAAGGCAUACGGUCCACCGAUGGACAGAAGAGUGUUGCUGUUUGUAUUGUACCUAUCUCCACUAUCUCCAGACGACAGUGGGCUUGCCUGGACUAGCUAUACGUUAUAUUAUAUACAUUAUAUAAUAUCGCUAUAUUUUUGUAGGUCGAGAGACUAGGUCAUUUGAGUUACUAAAUGCUAAAAACCAUGACAAUAUAUAUACCAUACUAAACAAG